AUGGGCGUUUCGGCUCCGGACGCGCCCGCGACCGAGGGGUGGACGCGCGAUGCUCCCGUCGAGGAGUGGCGCGCGUACGUCCGCGCCGCGUACGCGUCCAACCCCGGCCAGUGCCCCCUCGACGUGAACGUCGAUAACAUCUACAGUUUCAAUCAGGGAUCCAUGUCCUUCAUCGAGCAGGACCUGCGUGUGCUGCCCGAGGCCAUGGCGCGCCAGGCGCUUGACGCGAUGGAUCGCGUGGCGCUGAGGGAUGCUUUCGAUCUUCGACGGAACGUGGUCAACCUGAAGAAGGUGCUCCUGCACAGCUGGCACACGUCGGAGCCGCUCGAGAAGGAGCUCAGGCGGAUGAGCACGUUCUGGCGCGGGGACAUGAGCUGGGUCAACGGGUUCGUGGACGUCGCGAGGUACAGGGAGGUGUGCGUGGCUCACACGCGGUGCAAAGGCGCGGCGCACGCCGUGUUCGACGGACGCGUGAUGACCAAGGCGAUAUGCUGCGUCCCGAGGCACCCCGAGCUCCCGAGGCCGGCGAAGCUCUCGGGGUUACCCCGAACCAUGACGACGCACUCGUGGUUGGACCAGGCGCUGGACACGCUCGCGGAGAUGGACGAGGAGACGACGGAGGGUGCCGACGAGGGUGCCGACUCCCCGCCGCCGUCCGCGCGAGGCGUCGGAAGGAGGGGGACCGGGUCGGCGGCUGCCAAAAACGCGGCGGGCGAACCGAGCGACGUGAGACGCCAACUCGACGCCUUCCUCACCGACGCGACGUCGUCGCCGCACGGCCCACUCCGCGACUGGCCCAAACACAUCCUUCAGUACGUGGAGCUGGUCCUCGUCGCGAGGGGCGGGGCGAAGGCGCUAUCCGUGCGGGCGGAGACGGGGAGGUACGCGAGCCGCCUCAGGGAAACGUCGGUUCGUUUUGAGGAGGCGUUGGCGGCGCUUCGCGAACGCGUCAGGACCGUCGAGGACGUGCUCAGGGACGAAUGCGGGGUGGUGCUCCCGAGCGGUGAGUCACCGACCGGGAGGUUCGUGUCCAGGGACGACGUGGACGAUCGCGCGGUGGACGCCCUUCGCGUCGCGAUGCGCAGGGAUAAGACGCUGAACCUGUUGGAGGGGUGCGCUCCGGCGACGGCGGAGCUCUCUCGAUGGGUGCACGAGAUUUGCGCCAAGCCGGCGCAACGGCUGUUCGUCGCGGGCGACGGCGGGACGGGGACAAACGCCGACUUUGUCCCACCCGGGUUCGCUUUGGGGGAACUCAUCGGCGCAAACGCAAAGGCGGUGACGGCGCGGUGGGGACCGGAGCUUCGACGCGUCAUCGAAACCGCGUGUGGCCCAAACGGCGCGUGGCCGCCGACGGAGCCGCUGACGUACGUCACGGGCAAAGUACGGUGCAAGGAGUGCGGGGGUUUCUUCGGGACGCUGUGGAUCGGCGCGGGGGAACGCUGCUUCAGGUGCGAGGAAGGGAUGCGGGCGCGCGGGGAGUGCCCCGUAAGUGCGAGGUGCCGCGCGUCGAAGGUACGAACGUUUUGUCCGCACGCCCAACGGUGCAUCGCGUGCGAGCGAUGGAGCUGCGUGGAAUGCGGCGUCGUGUGCGGCGACGGGGAGGACGUGGCGGCGUUGGUGGAGCAAAUCGACCCGCACGUCGUGUUCAUCGACUUUGACCGCACGCUGUGCACCACCAAGAGCGGUGCCAGCCCGGCGCGGGGAUCGCACCGGCUGGACGCUGAGCUGUGGAACGUGGUGACCGGCCUUCAGGACGUCCGCGUGGUGACGAGAAACUCGCACGUGGACGACAUCAGGGCGUUCAUGGCCCGACACCGGGGCGGCGGCGGCUGUGGUCUCAGCGGGUCGACGCCGUCGUCGUCGUUUGACGGGAUUCCCCCCGUGCACCACGUGGGUAAGGGCGUCAGCAAGGGGAGGGUUAUUCGCGAGGUGCUGGCGGAAAAGGCGGCGCAGUCGGCGGGGCGACUUGCGGAGGAGUCGACGGGCGUCGGAGGCGGAGGGGUGCGAGCGGUGUUCGUGGACGACAGCGCGGCGGAGCUGCUCGAUCCGGAGGUUUCGAGCGUGCCGGGGCUGACCAAGGUCCUGUUCAGUCGCGUGCUCGCCCGUUUGAAAUAUCCCGCGGGCGAGACCUCCUUCCGGCGCAAACCAACGCGCGCGGACAUGUCCCUCGCGUCGGCAUCGGCGCCCGGCGCGUCGCUCGCGCCGUCGGGACGUCGCGCUCUUCGCGGCGGGCGAGCUCCCUCGCGCGUCGUCCCGUCCGCGUUCGGCUUCGGCCGCUCCAACCACGCGCAGUCCCUCACGCUCGAGCAGAUCGAGGCGGAGAUCCGGAGCGCCCCGCCGAGCACCUCGCCGGCGUCCACGUCCCGGCUCUCCCUCGCGGACGCCGUGUGGAAGGUAUCGCUGGACAAUCCGCUUUCCCUUCGAGACCGCGCGGCGUGCGCCAUCGCCGCGGAGGCGGUCCAGGCGCUGUGCGAGACUGGCCUGGACGGCGCGUCGCUCGCGGUGACGCUGGGCAUCCGCGAGGCGAUGAUCGCCAACGGCUUCGGCGACUCGGUGCGCGCGGUGGCCGGGUACGUCUCCGUCGGGGGUUACGCCAGGGCGCACGCGUGGCUCGAGAUCGACGGCAGGGUGCUGGACGUCGCGGGCGAGGGCCUGGCGCUGUGCGAGGCGGCCAGACGCCUCGGCGUCGAUUACUCCGACGCGAUCGCAAUGGCGAAAGCCUUCGGGCCGGACGCGCUUCGAUUCGGCGGACACGAACCGAACGCGAGACGCCCGCUGCUCGUGCUCAACAUGUCGGUGCCCACGGGGGGCACGUCAACGGCGCUGGCGCGGCCGGGUCUGACGAUGCGCGCGCCGCCGGCGAACGUCCCGGGGUGCCAAGACGCCGAGAAGACGAGAGCAAAGUUUGCGGCGGUGUUGUCCGAGCCGAGGACGCGGCUGUCCGAUAGGGUGCGCGAGAUGCCCGAGGAGGUGGCGGACGUGUUUCACAGGGUGGCGAGCACGCGGCUGGACCUGGUCGGGGACGAGAGGCAGCGCGCGGCGAGGCUGGCGGCGGGGGGGGCGCAGUGA